AUGGCUCCGAGCGUCUACAGUUACUUGACGGGUCUUUUGACCUUGCAGACUGCGCUUGGAAAUCCAGUGGGAACUCACUAUCCAACUAUUCCAGAGGGAAAGUUGGGUGCCGUGGCCUCUGAAAGCGAUGUUUGCAGUCAUAUAGGGACGAGUUUGUUGCAGCAGGGCGGUAAUGCGGCAGAUGCUAUGGUUGGGACGGUUGCUUGUGUCGGCGUCAUUGGGAUGUAUCAUUCUGGAAUCGGUGGUGGUGGAUUUAUGGUUGUCCGUGGAACCAAUGGAUCGUACGAAUUCAUUGAUUUCCGAGAAACUGCGCCUGCAGCCGCUUUCGAGGACAUGUACAAGAACAACACAGACGCCUCUAUAGAAGGCGGGCUGGCAAGCGGUAUUCCUGGAGAGGUACGGGGCUUGCAAUAUUUACACGAAAACUACGGCAAGCUUCCGUGGGCUACGGUGCUCGAACCAGCGGUCAAGGUUGCGAGAGAGGGCUGGACCGUCAAUGAAGAUCUCAUCAAGUACAUCAAUUCUGCCAUCUCCAGUGCAGGCGAGAACAGCACAUCAAAUUUCCUAGUCAACGAUCCAGAGUGGGCAUUGGACUUUGCGCCGCACGGAAAGCUUGUCAAGUUGAACGAGACGAUCACGAGAAAGAGAUAUGCAGACACACUGGAGACGAUUGCCCAGGACGGACCAGAUGCGUUCUACGAAGGGCCGAUCGCAGAAGCCACUAUCAAGGCGCUGCAAGCUGCAAAUGGGACGAUGACGCUCGAAGAUCUUAAGAACUACACAGUGGCCCUGCGAAAGCCGUCAACAAUCACUUACCGGGAUUACAAGUUGACGAGCUGCAGUGCGCCCAGUGGAGGAGGGGUAGCACUCUCAGUACUCAAGAUCAUGGAGGGAUAUUCCGGCGUUGGUGAUCCGGAGAAUGUCAAUCUUACUACACAUCGUCUGGACGAAGCCAUGCGAUUCGCAUACGGCGCCCGAGCAAACCUUGGAGAUCCCUUAUUCCUCAAAGGUAUCGACGAGUAUCAAGAUCAGAUGAUCUCUGAAGCGGCAGCACAAGAAAUCCGCUCCAAGAUUAGCGAUACCCAGACUUUCAACGUGAGCUACUACAAUCCUGCGGGCCUUGAAAGCCUCGAGACACCAGGGACAAGCCACGUCGUCACAGCAGAUAUCCAUGGUCUUUCCAUCACGUUGACUACCACGGUGAACUUGUUGUUCGGCAACAAACUCGUUGUUCCCGAGACGGGCGUGAUCAUGAACAACGAAAUGAACGACUUCUCCAUCCCCAACACCACCAACGCAUUCGGCUACAUCCCCAGCCCCGCCAACUUCAUCCGCCCCGGCAAACGUCCCCUCUCCUCCAUCGCCCCCGUCAUCGUCGAACACCUCAACGCCACCUCCCUCGCCUCAGCCUUCUACAUCGCCAUCGGCGCAGCCGGCGGCUCCCGCAUCAUCACCUCGACCAUCCAGAACCUCCUCCACAUCCUCGACGGCAACCUCACCACCCCGGAAGCCCUCGCACAGCCCAGGAUCCACGACCAACUCAUGCCCGCCCAGGUGAGCUUCGAGUACGCGUUCGACAACUCGACCACCGCGUUCAUGAAGGCCAUCGGGCACAACGUCACGUGGGUUGCGCCGGGCCAGUCUACGGCGCAGGGUCUGAGGAGGUUGGCGAACGGGACGUUUGAGGCUGCGGGUGAGCCGCGCCAGAAGAACUCUGGUGGAUUUGUGGUGUAA